AUGUCGGAAAAGUCCUGGGUCGCAGACAUGUCCCCGGGGGACGGUGAGGCCCCUCUUGAAGCUACCUCUCCUGAAACUCUCGACCACGAAGACACUUCCGCUUCCUCCGACUGCAAAGGCAUCGCACUCCAAGAGGACGAGAAGGGACUCGUCAAGCCAGAGGCAGUCGAGCCCCUGAAGCCUUCGGUUCGGUUCUGGUGGGAGAUAGUACACGGUGCCGAGGUCGGCUUCAGCCUCGAGUACCUCUUCGACCGCUCAGUUCCUUGGUCUUUCAAUGCUUUCGAGACGGUACUCCGACCUAGAGAGACCGACUCGUCUACAGAUGUGUUAACGCUGGAGGACAGGAUCGAGAUCAUCGAAGAAAUCGUUGCUGUUUUCGAGCAGACUUGCCCCAAGACCGGUAACCAACAGCCGCAUGUUUACUUCCGAGGCACGGAUGUCCAUGUCAGGCUCGGAAACCCAGUGUUUCUUGAAGCUCUGUGGAGGGCGCAUGUUUUCUUCAAAGGCAAACGCAUGAACAUCGUGUCAAAGGGCCUGAAUGGCUAUUGUGUCAGGGUAUUCGAGGUCCGAGGUCUGGAGGCCAAAAGGCUCGAUGAUGCCAGAAAAAGCAUGCAGUCCUACAAAUGGUGCCUCGCUGUGGCACGUGUUUACGAAGCUCCUUCUCUGGGCGGAGCCUUCCAGAGCGGUCAAGAGAGCGCAAUGUCCGUACACACAGGUGGUGAAAGUGUCCAUCUCCAGGUGGAUAUCAGAAAAGAGAGCUUCGAGCUCUUAGGAUCUUCAGCUGAUACCACUUUUUCUCCCGUAUCCCAGUCGUCAAGUCCCAAAGCGGCCGAUGCUGUCAACCAACGACCGUCAAAACGUCCUCGGGAGACCUUCGGUAGUGGUUCGAACACCGUUCCACCCAAGCCAGCAGGUAGCAAGGCUGCUCAAGCACCGGCUAGUGGCAUCACAGUGAUGACGUCUUACGACAAAGUAUACAGCGCGGGAAUCACGCUCAGCAGUGACUAUCUUCUGGACGGCAAGGUUCCUUGGAGCAAAAACCAGUCCGAACACGUGCUUUGCACCAACAAGGCUGAUCUUAAGCAGGGUCUACAGAUGAGCCAAGCUGAAAAGCUCGAAGUGCUCAGGCAGGUGGGCGAGAUCUUCUGGAAGAGCAGCAAAGGAAAGAAUGCGGGUCAGCCCGUGGUACACUUCGAGGGUCAGCACGUCUUCAUCCGAUGGCUUGAUCAAGAGCUUCUGGAGACGAUCUACGAUUCUCCCCCUAAACUCGACGGGGUGCCCCUGACAUUUGUCUCGAAAGGAUAUCCGCACCCAUGUGUAUCCAUGUACAGGCUCGAUGGACUUUCGACCAUGACGCAAGGCGUUCUCCGGAACCGAAUCUCUUCUGAUAAGCGCAAAAUCGCUUUGGACAUCGUGUUCUCGGCUACCUACAAGGUACGACCUCUCGAGGGCGAUCCGAUUUGCUCGGGCUCGCUGGUCAUCUUUGCGACGUCUCAAGAGGAAAAACUGGACUUCCUGGGACAUCAGAGCCACAAGAUCAGCCACAACCUCCUUCCUGCGGUGCUUCCAGAGCAUUCUCAUUCGGCAUGA